AAAAAAAAAAAAAACCGCACACAGAGAGGCAAAGAGAAAGAGAAACGAAUAGACUCAGACUCUCAUUUCCACUCUCUCUCUACUUUCUCUCUCAUCCCUACGUUUCCUUCUGUCUGUCUGUCUCUCUCUCUCUCUCCAUUCACACCACCUCAUUUGAGCUUGAAGUUUUGAGGGAUAGAAAAUAAAGUUUCUACAAGGUGAAAUUUUGGUGGCGGGGCAGUAAUUUGGGUGAUGAUCGGGUCGAGAAGCUUUGUUUUGGCUUAGCUAAAAGGAGGGAGUUCUCUGGCACUUGCAUCGCGUGGCGAGAUGUCAAAGUCUCCCUCCUUUGAUAUGCGAGAGGAAUCCUCAAGUACUUCCCUGUCCAGGGGAUCAAAUGGGACAUCAGAGAAGAAUGAUCCAGAUGAUACAGUGGCUACAGUUGCUCGCUUUAUUGAGAAGCUGCAUGCCAAAGUAUCUUCACCACACGAGAAAGAACUUAUUACGGCACGUCUACUUGGUCUGGCUAAAUCUAAAAAGGAGGCAAGGGCAAUCUUUGGUUCUCAUGUGCAAGCAAUGCCAUUGUUCAUAUCCAUUCUCAGGAGUGGAACUCCUGGUGCAAAAGUUAAUGUUGCUGGAACUCUAAGUACUCUAUGCAAAGAUGAUGACUUACGAGUGAAGGUACUUCUUGGUGGGUGUAUCCCACCUUUACUCUCGCUUUUAAAGUCGGAAUCAAUUGAUGCUAGGAAGGCAGCAGCAGAAGCACUUUAUGAAGUUUCUUCAGAGGGUCUUUCAGAUGAUAAUGUUGGUAUGAAAAUAUUUGUUACAGAAGGUGUAGUACCAACUUUGUGGGAUCAGCUCAAUCCACAGAACAAGCAGGACAAAGUAGUAGAGGGGUAUGUUACUGGGGCCUUGAGAAACCUUUGUGGGGCCAAAGAUGACUAUUGGAGAGCAACACUUGAGGCUGGAGGAGUAGAUAUCAUUGUGGGUCUUCUGUCAUCUGAUAAUGCUGCUGCGCAGUCCAAUGCAGCUUCUCUUUUGGCCCGUCUAAUGUUGGCUUUCAGUGAUAGUAUCCCCAAAGUAAUUGAUUCUGGUGCCAUAAGAGCUUUGCUUCAGCUUGUGGAUCAGAACAAUGAUGUUUCAGUCCGUGCUAGUGCCGCUGAUGCUUUGGAGGUUGUUUCCUCAAAGUCAGCAAAAGCUAAAAAAGCUGUUAUGGAUGCAAAUGGUGUUAAUGUGCUUAUUGGGGCUGUAGUAGCUCCUUCUAAAGAAUGCAUGCAAGGGGAGUCUGCUCAGGCUUUGCAGAGCCAUGCAACUCGAGCUUUAGCAAAUAUCUAUGGUGGUAUGCCUUCUUUAAUACUGUAUCUUGGAGAACUAUCACAAUCCCCUCGCCUUACUGCACCAGUUGCUGAUAUAAUUGGAGCACUCGCCUAUGCUUUGAUGGUCUUUGAACAUGACUCUGGUGCUGAUGAAGAAUACUUUGAUACGACAAAAAUAGAGGAUAUAUUAGUGAAGCUUUUGAAGCCUCGUGAUACUAAGUUGAUCCAAGAACGUAUUCUUGAGGCUAUGGCAAGCCUUUAUGGCAACAUCCACCUUGGAAAUUCCCUUAAUCACGCUGAAGCGAAGAAGGUUCUUAUUGGUCUUAUUACAAUGGCUCUUGGGGAUUCACAGGAGUAUCUAAUAAUAUCUUUAACCAGCUUAUGCCGUGAUGGAAUUGGUAUUUGGGAGGCCAUUGGCAAGAGAGAAGGAAUUCAAUUACUCAUAUCAUUAUUAGGUUUGUCCAGUGAGCAGCAUCAAGAGUAUGCCGUUCGGUUGCUAGCAAUCUUGACUGACCAAGUUGAUGAUAGCAAGUGGGCCAUAACUGCUGCAGGUGGGAUUCCUCCGCUGGUGCAAUUAUUGGAGACAGGUUCUCAGAAGGCAAAGGAGGAUGCGGCACAUAUUCUAUGGAACUUGUGCUGUCACAGUGAAGAUAUUCGGGCUUGUGUUGAGAGUGCAGGAGCCGUCCCAGCAUUCUUAUGGCUUCUAAAAUGUGGUGGACAAAAAGGUCAAGAAGCCUCAGCUAAGGCACUUAAGAAGCUUGUCCGAACAGCUGAUUCUGCCACAAUUAAUCAAUUAUUAGCUCUUCUCCUUAUGGACUCUUCUGGCUCGAAGGCACAUAUAAUAAAAGUUUUGGGUCAUGUACUUACAAUGGCAUCACUCCAGGACAUUGUGCAAAGGGGAUCUGCUGCUAAUAAAGCAUUAAAAUCUCUUAUCCAGGUUCUUAACUCCUCUAAUGAAGAAACCCAAGAGUAUGCGGCUUCUGUUCUUGCUGAUCUAUUCAACACAAGGCAGGAUAUAUGUGAUAGUCUUGCAGCUGAUGAAAUUGUCCAUCCUUGCAUGAAGCUUUUGACUGGUAAUAAUACUCAAGUUGUUGCAACGCAGUUGGCUAGAACAUUGAGUGCCUUGUCUCGUCCAACCAAGACCAAGACUACCAACAAGAUGCCUUAUAUUGCAGAAGGGGAUGUGAAACCUCUAAUUAAGUUGGCUAAGACUUCUUCCAUUGAUGCUGCUGAGACUGCAGUUGCUGCACUGGCCAAUCUUCUCUCUGAUCCCCAGAUUGCUGCUGAAGCUCUGGCAGAAGAUGUUGUUGCGGCUCUAACAAGAGUCCUUGGUGAAGGAACUUCAGAAGGGAAGAAGAAUGCUUCACGGGCCCUUCAUCAAUUGCUGAAACAUUUCCCAGUGGGUGAUGUGCUUAAGGGAAAUGCGCAAUGCCGUUUUACAGUACUUGCUAUUCUUGAUUCCUUGAAUGGAAUGAAUAUGAAUGGCACUGAUGCUGCAGAUGCUUUAGAUGUAGUUGCACUCUUGGCCAGGACAAAAGAGGGUGCAAACAAUACUUACCCUCCUUGGGCCGCACUUGCUGAAGUACCUUCAAGCUUAGAAUCUUUAUUAUACUGCUUGACUGAGGGACGCCCUCCAUUGCAAGAUAAGGCAAUAGAAAUUUUGUCUAGGCUUUGUAGGGAUCAACCAGUUAUGCUAGGUGACAUGUUGAUUGCAAGAUCAAGAUCAAUUGGUUCUCUUGCUAAUAGAAUAAUGAAUUCUUCCAGUUUAGAAGUGAGAGUUGGGGGAACUGCUUUGUUUGUAUGUGCUGCAAAAGAACACAAAAGAAAAACAAUGGCAGCACUUGAUUUAUCAGGAUAUUCAAAACCCCUCAUAUAUGCUUUAGUGGAUAUGGCCAAGCAAAAUUCUAGCUGUUCAUCUUUAGAAAUUGAAGUCAGAACUCCAAGAGGAUUUUUUGAAAAAUCAGCCCUCCAGGAAGGAGAUGAAUUUGAUAUUCUUGAUCCUUCCCUUGUUUUAGGAGGUACUGUUGCCAUAUGGCUGCUAUCAAUAAUUUCAACAUUUCAUGAUAAGAACAAGCUCAUUGUAAUGGAAGCUGGUGUACUUGAGGCCUUAUCUGAUAAGCUUUUAAAUUAUGCAUCCAAUUCACAGGCAGAAUUUGAGGACACAGAGGGCAUAUGGAUUAGUGCCUUGCUCCUGGCUAUCUUGUUCCAAGAUGAAACUGUUGUGCUCUCUCCUACAACAAUGCGGAUCAUUCCUUCACUUGCUCAUUUGCUAAAAUCUGAUGAAAUGAUUGACAAAUAUUUUGCUGCUCAAGCAUUGGCUAGCAUUGUUUGCAAUGGAAACAAGGGACUAAGUCUUACCAUCGCAAAUUCCGGUGCUGUUGCUGGAUUGAUAACGUUAAUUGGUUACACAGAAGCAGAUAUGCCAAACCUUGUUACUUUAUCAGAAGAAUUUUCUCUGGUGAAAAAUCCUGCUCAAGUUAUUCUGGAACGCCUUUUUGAAAUUGAAGAAGUAAGAGUUGGCUCCACCGCAAGGAAAUCUAUUCCUUUGCUGGUAGAUCUCUUGAGACCUAUCCCUGAUAGGCCAGGUGCCCCUCCAGUUUCUGUUCAACUCUUAACACGUAUUGCAAAAGGUAGUGAUCCAAAUAAAUUAAUCAUGGCUGAAACUGGAGCUCUGGAUGCUUUAUCAAAAUACCUCUCUUUGAGUCCUAAGGACUCUACUGAGGCCUCUAUUUCUGAACUGUUAAGAAUCCUGUUCAGAAAUCCUGAAAUCAUUCGGUAUGAAGCGUCCCUUAAUUCUACGAAUCAACUCAUAGCAGUACUUCAUCUGGGGUCAAGAGAUGCUAGAUUUAGUGCUGCAAGGGCUCUUCAUGAACUUUUUGAAGCAGGGAACAUCAGAGACUCUGAAUUAGCUUGGCAGGCUGUUCAGCCAUUGGUUGACAUGCUUAAUGCCACGUCAGAGAGUGAGCAGGAGGCUGCUCUUGUUGCCUUGAUCAAACUAACUUCAGGAAAUACUUCAAAAGCAGCUCUAUUCACUGAUUUGGAAGGGAAUCCUCUUGAGACUUUACACAAAAUAUUUUCUUCUGCAUCUUCCAUGGAAUUGAAGAGAGAUGCUGCAGAGCUCUGCUUUAUUCUGUUUAGCAAUGCCAAAUUCAGAACAAAUCCAAUUGCCUCAGAGUGCAUACAGCCUCUUGUAUCUCUUAUGCAGUCUGAAUCGAGUUCAGUUACGGAAGCUGGGGUUUGUGCUUUUCAGAAACUGUUGGAUGAUGAGAAUCUGGUGGAGAUUGCAGCAGCCUAUGAUACUCUUGUGGAUCUUCUUGUUGGCUUAGUAUCUGGGACAAAUUAUCGACUUAUUGAAGGCAGCAUCUGUGCCUUAAUAAAGUUGGGGAAGGAUCGGGCUCCACGCAAAUUGGAUAUGGUUAAAGCAGGUGUUAUAGAUAAAUGUCUUGUGCUACUCCCUAUUGCCCCUGAUUCAUUAUGCUCUGCAAUCGCGGAAUUGUUCCGCAUUUUGACAAAUAGUGGUGCAAUUGCUAGAAGCUCAGAUGCUGCAAAAAUAGUAGAACCCCUUUUUAUGGUCUUGCUUCGGCCUGAUUUUGGUUUGUGGGGACAGCACAGUGCAUUACAAGCACUUGUAAAUAUUUUGGAGAAGCCACAGAGCCUCGUAACAUUGAAACUGACCCCUAGCCAAGUCAUUGAACCUUUAAUUGCAUUUCUGGAAUCUCCGUCUCAAGCCAUUCAGCAGCUGGGCACAGAAUUGCUUUCUCAUCUUCUUGCACAAGAACAUUUUCAGCAAGAUAUCACAACAAAAAAUGCAGUUGUACCACUUGUGCGUCUUGCAGGAAUUGGAAUACUAAACCUUCAGCAAACGGCAACAAAGGCACUAGAAAAAAUUUCCACUAGCUGGCCAAAAGUUGUUGCUGAUGCUGGAGGUAUUUUUGAGAUUGCGAAGGUUAUAAUUCAAGAUGAUCCUGAGCCACCACUUGAGCUGUGGGAAACAGCUGCUUUGGUUUUAUCAAACAUUUUGCAUUUCAAUACAGAGUACUACUUUAAGGUUCCCUUGGUAGUUCUUGUCAAAAUGUUGCACUCUUCAGUUGAUAGCACUAUUAAAGUGGCUCUUAAUGCUUUAAUUGUUCAUGAAAGGACUGAUGCUUCAAGUGCAGAGCAAAUGGCUGAAGCUGGUGCUGUAGAUGCUUUGUUGGACUUGCUAAGAUCUCAUCAGUGUGAAGAGUUAUCUGGAAGAUUACUUGAAGCUUUAUUUAAUCAUGUUAGGGUUCGAGAGAUGAAGGUUUCCAAGUAUGCUAUUGCACCUUUAUCGCAGUAUCUGUUAGACCCACAAACCAGAUCAGACACCUGCAGGCUACUUGCUGCUCUAGCUAUUGGAGAUCUUUCUCAGCAGGAAGGACUUGCUAGGUCCACUGAUUCUGUUUCAGCAUGCCGUGUUCUGGUGAGCUUGCUUGAAGAUCAGCCAUCUGAAGAAAUGACAAUGGUGGCAAUUUGUGCAUUGCAGAAUUUUGUUAUGCAUAGUCGGACGAAUAGGAGGGCUGUUGCAGAAGCAGGUGGCAUAUUAAUAGUUCAGGAAUUGUUAAUGUCUAGUAGUGCUGAUGUUGCUGGUCAAGCAGCAAUGCUGAUCAGAUUUCUAUUUUCUAAUCACACUCUCCAAGAGUAUGUAUCAACUGAGCUCAUCAGAUCCUUGACAGCUGCAUUUGAGAGAGAGUUGUGGUCAACAGCAACCAUCAAUGUACAGGUCUUGAAAACAUUGAAUGUCAUUUUAACCAACUUUCCUAAGCUCCAUGUUUCUGAAGCAGCUACCCUGUGUAUCCCCUAUUUAAUAAAUGCACUCAAGUCGGGCAAUGAGGUGGCGCAAGAAUCUGUAUUGGAUACCUUAUUCUUGUUAAAACAGUCAUGGUCAGCCAUAUCAAUUGAUGUUGCAAAGUCUCAAGCAAUAGUUGCUGCUGAAGCUAUUCCUGUUCUGCAAAUGCUGAUGAAGACCUGCCCACCAAGUUUCCAUGAGAAAGCAGACCUCCUGUUGCACUGCUUACCGGGGUGUUUAACUGUUACCAUUAAGCGCGGGAACAAUCUCAAGCAGACAGUGGGAAACACUAAUGCCUUCUGUCGAUUAACGAUAGGCAAUGGUCCUCCCCGGCAGACCAAGGUUGUGAGCCACAGUAUCUCACCAGAAUGGGAAGAAGGGUUCACAUGGGCUUUUGAUGUGCCACCAAAAGGACAAAAACUUCACAUUAUAUGCAAAAGUAAAAAUACUUUUGGCAAGUCAACUCUUGGAAAAGUAACUAUCCAAAUUGACAAGGUUGUGACAGAAGGCGUAUACAACGGAUUAUUCAGCCUUAAUCAUGAAAGUAACAAAGAUGGUUCUUCCAGGACGCUUGAAAUUGAGAUUAGCUGGACCAACAGGACAUCAGAAUGAUGGCCUGUGAAGAAGGAUAUAAGGUAAUUGUACAAGAAACUGCAUAGAAAUCAAGUACAGCAGUCAGCAAAAAAGAGGACAGAAUCAUUAAUACUCAUUUACCCAAUGGGAUUAUAGGAAGUUAUCUUGCUUGUAAGUAUUUACAUCAUUUGAAGGUCCAGUUUUGUAGUAACAAAACUUAAGCUGCCUGACAUGUAAACUGUAAAAUGUUCAUCAAUUUGCAGAGGUGAAAAAGGGUGAGGGUCACGCCCGUGGCAUAGGAAAAUAUAAACGUUAUUAUUUGCAAGGUUGCUGUACAGGUCAGUCUAUAGGUAUUAGCAAUUAAGUCAUAUUAUAGAGCAGUAUGGAGAAAAUGAUUAAAUCAGCUUUUCCACUUUAAAGGGCACGUUUUUGGUGGUACCGUGGUAGGAAUAAGCUGUAAUUCUGCUUGUAAUGAAUAUAUGAGAAUUGAUGCCAAGUAUAAUUAAAAGCAGAUAUUUGAAAUUUUGAAUUC